GGAGGAGACAGAGAGGUGGGCAGGACUAUAAAGAAUCUGCUUCAGAGUUCAGCCUGCACACUUCUGCUGAACUGCUCGAUCACACACAGCCAGGCCACCUACUCCACGUACACAAGGAACCAUGGCAAAGCGGGUUGCAGUUAUUCUUUCAGGCUGUGGAGUCUAUGAUGGCACAGAGAUCCAUGAGGCCUCGGCUGUCCUCGUCCAUCUGAGUCGGGCUGGAGCAAAAGUGCAGAUGUUUGCCCCAAAUACAGAUCAGAUGCAUGUUGUGAAUCACUGUGAUGGGAAGCCUACAGAGGAGAAGAGAAACACCCUGCAGGAAAGUGCCCGCAUCGCUAGGGGUGAAGUGACUGAUCUGGACAAGCUAGAUGUUUCAGCAUUUGACGCCGCCAUCAUCCCAGGGGGCUUUGGUGUGGCUAAAAACUUGAGUGACUGGGCAGUGAAGAAUAAGGGCUGCACCAUCCAGCCACAUGUGGAGAAGCUCAUCAAGGCUUUCCACAAAGCCGGAAAGCCGCUGGGCAUGUGCUGCAUCGCCCCUGUCCUUGCUGCCAAAAUCCUGCCCGGCUGUGAACUCACUGUGGGACAGGACAAAGAGUGUGAAAAGUGGCCGUACGCUCAGACAGCCGGCGCCAUGAAGGAGAUGGGCUGCAAGCAUGUCAACACUGAUGUGGAGAAAGCACAUGUUGACGUCAAAAACAAGCUGGUGUCCACCUGUGCAUUCAUGUGCAAUGCUCCCAUUCAUACUAUCUUUGAUGGAAUAGGAGUCAUGGUUAACGAGACGCUGAAACUGGCUUAAAAAGUCUCUAAUGACAUACUGGAUGUUUGUCUGUACAAGCAGAUUGUAGCACUGUAGUCAUAGCACUUAUCCCUCAGCACUUGUCUGAUGUUAUACUGUCAAUGUGUUGUUUUCAUACUUUCAAUAAAAGUCACUCUACGAAUUAGAA